GUGCUUUUUUAUGCGAGCGUUGCUACGCAUCGAAUAUAAUCCGUGGUGCGCGCCGCGCUUUCCAGUCGUUCGGACACUGUCGCAGUCGAAGCACAAAUCACACAAAACAAAAAAAAUAAAUAAAAUUAUAAAAAUUAAAUUAUUAACAGUGGUGUGUGUGCUUUUCACUUGUAGAGGGUGGUGAUUUAUGUUGGAGGUGCUCGCGGCGUGUGCACUCUGCGUCUUCUUGCGCCGCAUAUUCGUCUGGUGGUUCGCGCAGCCAGCUGUGGACGAAAUUGGGAAGUCGAAGAAGAACAGCAGCCGGAAGGCAAGGCGGAACGCUGAGAGGAAAGCCGUGGCGGAUGGUAAUACAACGGAAGAGGACGGAUUAACGGUAACAACGGCGCAGAUUAACUCAAAUUUAGAGGAGUCGGAAUCUCUGUGCACGCAAAAGUCCGAAGAAAGUGACGAUUUUGUGCUCAUUGAGGAUAUUAGCGAAGCAGAAAAAGAGAUGGCUGCCACACCGGUGCAAUGGACGUUGGGGGAGGAGCAACACCGUGAAGAGUCGGAGGAUGUCUUUCCGCAUAAUGGUAUUGGGGAGAAUCCACCGCCAGCGGCGCCGUCUGAUGGCAAAGGGUUGAAUAGGGAUCAGCAACAGGAGUUGGAUCGGAAAAGACGCACAUUGAAGCCGAGCAUGUCGCAAGGCACCGUCAUCAUGCCGAACCGCCUACAGGAGAAGGAUUUCACAGUGGCGACGCCCGAAGAGUUCGUGCGCCGCUUCGGCGGCACGAAGGUCAUUAACAAGGUUCUAAUCGCUAACAAUGGCAUCGCCGCCGUGAAAUGCAUGCGAUCUGUGCGUCGCUGGUCGUAUGAGAUGUUCAAAAACGAACGCGCUGUGCGUUUCGUCGUCAUGGUGACACCGGAAGACCUCAAAGCCAAUGCGGAGUACAUCAAAAUGGCGGAUCAUUAUGUCCCAGUCCCGGGUGGUACUAAUAAUAAUAACUAUGCGAAUGUCGAGUUGAUUAUCGACAUCGCCAUUAGAUGUCAGGUGCAGGCGGUGUGGGCCGGUUGGGGUCAUGCGUCUGAGAAUCCAAAACUGCCUGAAUUGUUGCAUAAAAAUAAUAUUGCGUUCAUUGGCCCGCCGGAGAAAGCCAUGUGGGCGCUGGGGGAUAAAAUCGCCUCGUCGAUUGUUGCGCAAACCGCGGAUAUUCCUACGCUACCGUGGAGUGGGUCUGAGUUGAAGGCGCAGUAUAGCGGGAAGAAGAUUAAGAUCUCUUCGGAGUUGUUUGCGAGAGGUUGUGUGCAUUCGGCGGAGCAGGGUGUUGCGGCUGCGCAGAAGAUCGGCUUUCCGGUGAUGAUUAAAGCGUCGGAAGGUGGGGGGAAAGGUAUCAGGAAAGUUGAUAAUGCGGAUGAUUUUCCUGCUGCGUUCAGACAGGUGCAAGCUGAAGUUCCUGGCUCGCCGAUUUUUGUUAUGAAACUUGCCAAGUGCGCCCGCCAUCUUGAAGUGCAGCUGCUCGCUGAUCAGUACGGCAACGCCAUCUCGAUCUUCGGCCGUGAUUGUUCCAUUCAGCGGAGACAUCAGAAGAUUAUUGAGGAAGCGCCGGCUGUCAUUGCGAAGUCAUCUGUGUUUGAGGAUAUGGAGAAGGCGGCGGUGCGUCUGGCGAAAAUGGUUGGUUAUGUCUCGGCGGGUACUGUGGAGUAUUUGUAUGAUACUUCAGGGCAUUAUUAUUUCCUGGAGUUGAAUCCACGUCUGCAGGUGGAGCAUCCCUGCACGGAAAUGGUGUCGGAUGUUAAUUUACCAUCAGCACAACUUCAAAUUGCCAUGGGUUUGUCCCUCCAUAACAUUAAAGAUAUCCGCCUUCUAUAUGGAGAAUCACCUUGGGGCAGCUCAGUCAUAGAUUUCGAUCAACCACGACACAAACCCCAACCAUGGGGCCAUGUCAUAGCCGCGCGUAUCACCUCUGAAAACCCCGACGAAGGUUUCAAGCCCAGUUCGGGUACUGUACAGGAACUAAACUUCCGCUCAUCGAAAAAUGUCUGGGGAUAUUUCUCGGUGGCAGCUAGUGGUGGCCUGCAUGAGUUUGCAGACUCACAAUUCGGGCAUUGUUUCUCCUGGGGCGAGAAUCGCGAACAAGCCAGAGAGAAUCUAGUCAUUGCCUUGAAAGAAUUAUCAAUUCGAGGCGAUUUUAGGACAACUGUAGAGUAUCUCAUCACGUUACUGGAAACGAAAAGCUUCCAACAGAAUAGCAUCGACACUGCGUGGUUGGAUAUCCUGAUUUCCGAGCGAAUGCAAUCGGAAAAACCCGAUGUUAUGCUCGGAGUCAUCUGCGGGGCGUUACACAUCGGAGAUAAAACAAUCUCCACCGCUUUCCACGAGUUUCAAACGUCGUUGGAACGCGGACAGAUUCAAGGUUCGAACACUUUGAACAACACAGUCGAUGUGGAACUCAUAAAUGACGCGUAUAAAUAUAAAGUGCAAGCAACAAAAUCCGGCCCCAAUACGUAUUUCCUCGUCAUGAAUGGCUCAUUCAAGGAAAUCGAACUGCAUAGACUCAGCGAUGGUGGUAUUCUCCUCUCGGUAGAUGGCGCAUCUUUCACGACGUACAUGAAAGAAGAGGUUGACCGCUACCGGAUUGUCAUAGGCAACCAGACGUGCAUCUUCGAGAAAGAAAACGAUCCCACCUUGUUACGCUCACCAUCCGCUGGUAAACUCAUCGGUUUUCUUGUUGAUGAUGGUGGACAUGUGGAUCGUGGUCAGGCGUAUGCAGAAAUUGAGGUUAUGAAGAUGGUUAUGACCGUGACAGCCAGCGAGGCGGGUUGCGUUUCGUAUGUGAAGCGUUCCGGCGCUGUGUUGGACGCAGGCGCCAUUAUUGCCACGCUUGAAUUGGACGAUGCUUCGCUUGUGACUAAAGCACAGCUGUACACUAGUCCCUUCCCGGAUAUAGAUGUAUCGCAUCCCUUGGCAUCGGAAAAGUUGAAUCAUAUUCAUAAUUCUUACAAGGUUAUCUUGGAGAAUACUCUGGCGGGAUAUUGUUUGCCGGAUCCUUAUAAUGCGAAGCGUUUGAGGGAGGUUAUUGAGAAAUUCAUGGCCACCUUAAGGGAUUCUUCUCUGCCGUUGUUGGAGUUACAGGAGGUUAUUGCUAGUAUUUCAGGGAGGAUUCCAGCUGCUGUUGAAAAGAAGAUCCGGAAGUUGAUGUCGCUUUACGAGAGGAAUAUUACUAGUGUACUGGCGCAAUUUCCCAGCCAGCAGAUUGCCAGUGUUAUCGAUAGCCAUGCAGCUUCGAUGCAAAAACGCGCCGAACGCGACAAUUUCUUCCUGGCAACCGAAGGAAUAGUCCAACUCGUCCAGCGUUAUCGCAACGGCAUCCGUGGCAGGAUGAAGGCGGCCGUGCACGACCUCCUCCGCCAAUACUACAACGUCGAGAGUCAAUUCCAACAUGGCCACUACGAUAAAUGCGUGUCUGCGCUGCGCGAUAAACACAAGGAUGACAUGACGCAGGUGUCCGCAACCAUCUUCUCACAUUCACAAGUCGCCAAGAAGAAUCUCCUGGUAACCAUGCUCAUCGAUCAUUUAUGGUCCAACGAACCAGGACUUACCGAUGAAUUAGCCGCGACGUUGAAUGAAUUAACUUCUCUGAAUCGCAGUGAACAUUCGAGAGUGGCGCUGCGUGCGCGGCAAGUGUUGAUCGCAGCGCAUCAACCUGCGUAUGAGCUACGCCACAAUCAAAUGGAGAGUAUAUUCUUGAGUGCUGUAGAUAUGUAUGGACAUGAGUUCCAUCCGGAGAAUCUGCAGAAACUGAUUGUUUCUGAGACGUCUAUUUUUGAUAUCCUGCAUGAUUUCUUCUAUCAUACGAAUCGCGCUGUUUGCAACGCUGCGUUGGAGGUUUACGUACGGCGUGCGUAUACAAGUUAUGAUAUUACUUGUCUGCAGCAUGAGGAACUCAGCGCGGAGGUUUCCCUCGUGCAUUUCCAGUUCUUAUUACCUCCAUCACAUCCAAAUCGUCUCAUAAAACUAGACACAAUCAAAGAAGACGGUGAGACAGUCAAAAUCUUCGACUCUUUCCAACGUACCGGAUGCAUGGCGGCGUUUGAAAGCUUCCAGCAGUUUGAAUCCUACGCGGAUGAAAUCUUCGACCUCAUUGAAGACUUCUCCAGCCCUGCAACAAUCAGCGCCAAGGAUUUAAACAUGCUGGAAAGCGGAAGUGAUUCCCGAACGAAUUCCACAAGUAUAAAUGUAAGUCUAUCUGUGGAUGGACAACGCAGUAGUCAAGACGACGAGAAACUCCAGGAACCCAUUCAUAUCCUACACGUGGGUGUGAAGGAUAAAGGCGACGCGGACGAUACCACCAUGUCGCAGAUCUUCGGCAGUUUCUGCGCAAGGCAUAAAAGCGAGCUGGAAGCGCGCGGAAUUCGCCGGAUUACAUUCGCAGCGUUGAAACACAAGCAAUUCCCGAAGUUCUUCACAUACCGCGCGAGGGAUGGAUAUAAAGAAGAUCGCAUCUAUCGCCAUCUUGAACCGGCAUGCGCAUUCCAACUGGAGUUGAAUCGCAUGCGCACGUACAACCUCGAAGCCCUACCCACAUCCAAUCAGAAGAUGCAUUUGUAUUUAGGUAAAGCUAAAGUCGCCCCGGGGCAUGAAGUGACAGAUUAUCGCUUUUUUAUCCGGUCGAUCAUCCGGCAUUCUGAUUUGAUUACGAAAGAAGCUAGUUUUGAGUAUUUACAAAACGAAGGUGAGCGUGUAUUGUUAGAGGCAAUGGAUGAGCUUGAAGUGGCUUUCAGUCAUCCGCAAUCACGACGCACGGAUUGUAAUCAUAUAUUCUUAAACUUCAUCCCUACGGUUAUCAUGGAUCCCAGUAAAAUAGAAGAGGCUGUCACGUCGAUGGUAAUGCGUUAUGGUCCGCGUCUAUGGAAGCUGCGUGUAUUGCAAGCGGAACUCAAGAUGAUUAUCCGCGCAACUCCGAAUUCCCCAACAACGAAUGUCCGUCUUUGUAUUGCUAAUGACAGCGGAUAUUACCUAGAUAUUAACAUGUACACAGAAUUAGUGAAUCCUGACACAGGUAUCAUCAGAUUUGAAGCCUACGGGCAGAAACAAGGACAUCUCCAUGGUCUGCCCAUAUCCACACCGUACCUGGCAAAGGAUUACCUCCAGCAGAAGCGCUUCCAGGCGCAGCAAGCAGGUACGACUUACGUGUAUGAUUAG